UGUAAAGGCAAUAUGUAGGUGUGUAUGUGGCUGGUACCCAGAAACAUGAAAGUGUAAGGCACCGGGCCAAUCAGCUGGAAUUGCUUCAUACAGGUCAUUGUGGGCUUGGUUAUAUAGUAGUCGAUCCCCGGAGUUAUGGCAAGACAACAAGGGAGACAGGUGAGAACAGAUUAUGACGUACCUUGGGAGAACAUCAUGGAUGACCGGAUUUACAACAAGAAAGGUCACCAAAAGUCACAUCCGGCCAAAACCGGAAUAAAUGAUAUAGAUCAGGCCGAAGAUAACACUGGCACAUUCGGUCGUCGGCCAACGAAUUCCAAUCGGACAAACAGGAACUCUGACUACCUCCAACUAAUGGAGUAUCAAGGAAACGGGUCUCAAUAUUCUCUCAGCGACCCUGCGCUUGUGUACGAUAACCUGGCUUACACACCUGAACAGUUUCCGGCCGGACGAUACAAGAAACAUAGGACUUUUUCAGAGUCAACGUCGUCAGGAAUAUGUCGCCGUCCGUGCGUUGUUGGGACCAUAGUUGUCCUAGUAGUCAUUGCUCUCGGGGCGGCCGGUGUUGGACUCUACUUUGGAGUUUUUCGAAAUGAGUCAACACAAGCUACACUGACAGUGUUCGACACGGAGUUACGACUGACAGGUCUGACGUGGGACACGAGACUCGGAGACCCAACAAGUGCUCAAUUUGCUACAAUGAAGGCAGAUAUUCAGUCGGACCUGACUAAAAUAAUGCGUCAGAGUAGUCUAAGCUCUGAAUACCAAAGUGUGGAGGUGUCGAGAUUCCGUCCGGGGAGUAUUAAAGUCGAGUGUUUAAUGAAGCUUUUGGCAGGUGUCCUUUCUACGCAAGACGUGAAGUCCAGCUUCAUCCAGUCCUACAAUUCCAUAGACAAAGUCACGCUUAAGGUCGUCAAAACCCUAGAUACUACAGCAAUCACAAUUACUGUGGCGCAGCCUACAACCACUACAAUUCAACCAACAGCUAGUCCUCCUGUCACUCAUGAUGCAUCUAUAACUGUUCUUACUACUACUACUACCGCUCCAACAACCACAACUCCAACCAAACUAAUUACAACACAUACUACAACUACAUCUUCAACAACAACUACUCCAACAUCCAAAACUACAACAACUAUUAUUCCAUCUACAACAACUCCAGCAAAAAUUACAACUACCCCAACAACCAAAACUACAAGUACUACAACUCCAACAUCCACUACUGCAACCACCACCACUCCAACAACCACAUCUACCACUCCAUUAACCACAACAACCAUGCUAAAUACUACAAAAAUUACAACCAUCCCAACAACCAACUCUACAAUUACAACCACUCCAACAACCAAAACUAUAAUUACCACCACUCCAACUACAACUACUACCACUCCAACUACAGCUGCAACAACCACAUCUACCACUCAAUCAACCACAACUACCAUUCUAACGACAACCCCUGCAACCACAACUACCACUCCAACUGCAACCACAACUUCAACUCCAGCUCCAACCACAACUACCACUCCAACUGCAACCACAACUCCAGCUCCAACCACAACUACCACUCCAACUACAACUACCACUCCAAAUACAACCACAAUUACCACUCGCACUACAACCACAACUUCAACUCCAACCACAACUACCACUCCAACUACAACCACAACUACCACUCCAACUACAACUACCACACCAGUUGUCAUCAAAACAACUACAGGACCAAUGACUCCUGCUGUCUGUCGAAACACUACUCUGGCUGCUCAAUUACUAUUUCAAUGUUUCAACUUUCAAACUUUCAUGAACCUGAGCACUGAUCUUGCCAAAUGCACGUACCUUACUGGUGUCGGUAAUUGUCUUGAGGAGAAAAUAGAGACAAGCUAUAACGUGACCUGUACAUAUAGUGACCAACUCAUCAUUAUCAAUUCCUUUGCUGGGAUAGUUACACAAGCGCUUCAGUUUGACUUAAUCACAAUAUGUGAUUUUCAAAGGCGGCGAUGAAAGCUUGCUAACGUAAUUACAUGAAUGUUUAUUACGAUCCCAAUUGUAAUGGAGUAUUUACGUUCUGGACGAAAAUGGACGGAGCCAUAUUCUUCAUUGUAAAAACGAUUCAAAAACAGCAUUCUUUCACUUUGCCUGGUUUUAGUUCCACUGGUUCUAUCUUCAACAACAAAGUACAAUUGAUGUUUAAUGAACAUUAAAGUCACGAAUGGAAAUACAUCAUAUACUGUAUUGGCUAGUCAUUGGCUUUUACUCGUUGGCGAUUCCAUGGACGAUUUUCACAUCCUUUGAACCUGUACACAUUUUUUUAUAUGACUGAACUACUUAUUUCCAUUCCAUGGUAGAUUGGACGGGAUUCCAAGAAAAACAGCCCUAAUCAUAAGAUGUACACUGCAACUGGAUGUAGCUCUUCCUAAUACCUUUUCGGUGUUUUGAAGCAAUUGGCACAUCUAAGGCCAUGUGUAUUGAAAAUUAAUGGAACAUAUGACUGACAUCAUGAAACUACAUGUAUGUAGCUAUAUAGUUUAAAGUAUGACGAUAUGAAAUUACAUUGAAAUGAAAUACUAUGCAAGUUAUGACGAAUGUGAAACGUUUUUAAUAUUUAAUGUUAAAGAUUCAGAACUAUUUAUCAUAAUGAUAGACAGUCAAACAUCGUUAUCUCAAAGACAGUAGGAUAAAAAAAGAAUCGAGAUACCUGGUGUAUUCGCAUCUAUCGGAGCUACUUCCCUUCGUUUCACUAUAGCGAUGGUUUGAUAGUCGAUGUGACCGAGAAAGGUGUAUUGGAGGUAACAGAGUAUUUAACAUAGCAUUUUCUUCGAGCUACCAAAGUCCGAGAUGACGAAGUAUGAAUUAACAUAGUGUGGAUGAGAGGAGUUUCUGCAGUGUAUUCGUGUCAUAAUGCGGAACGUUUUGUUCUCCAUUGCUUUAUUCAUCCUGUGUAUUUUUGCUCGAGGAUCAGUUGGCGAAUACUUAAAAUAACAAUGCGUAUACAUGUUCAAAUGUAUUCUGUAAAAUGUUAACUUUAUUUAUUGUUAUACAACAAUUCCUAAACAAUUACUUAUUAACUUAUAUCAAUCACUUCUGUUGGCCCAAAUUGAAGUGCGUGAGGGAUCUUAUACUUUGGAAGGAAAACGGAUUACCCAGAGAAACCUCACAUUGUCGGGCAGAUGAACCUAUAUCUGUUCAUGUCCGAUUAGAGAACGAACCCCGACGGUCUAGGUGAGAGGCUAGUGUGUAACCAUUGUGUCACCAGACCAAUCGAUUAUACCGUGUAUCAAAUAACUAUCCGCUAAAUGUUUGGAUUGACAUUCGAGUUUAUGGAUGUGAAAUUCAGUAGUCAUGAUGUUUCUAACCUGAUAACAUCUGAAUACCCUUGAUAGAAGUAAGGUAUGAUAAAAAUGGUAUCGUGAAAAUACUGGUGAUAUUUACUCUGUGAUUGCUACAAACACACGUGAUAUUGCUACCUCAUAUACAUUUAUAUAUACAUGUACUCUAUUAAAUGAAGCUUCUUUUUGUAUAUAAACUCUGGUUGUUUGCAUGGUUUCUCUGGAACUACGAAUAUACGAAUAUAAAUAGAACGACAAUUGUUGUCAUAUUAUUGUUGCAUGGCCUAACCACGAAAGUUUGUACCCACAAAAUAAUUUGAAAGCUUCAAAUCAAUAAAGAAACAACACAUUCGUGUUAUACCGUAUGGUUUGUACAUAAUAAAUCACAUCAUUUAUCUUGUAUAUAUCUAGAUUACUCAAAGAACAGAUAGUAUGCGGGACGUUAAUUCUGCAAAUAUUUAUGUUUAACGCCGACAGUAAUCUAGAAAUUACAAAAUACAGAUGAUAUUAGGUAAGCUACAAUAUACUUUCUCAAAUAUUUCAAGAUUUUGCAAAAUACAAAUGACAUAAUGCUGGUUACUUUCGCAAAUAUAUCGAAUAUAGAAUACAGAUAUUAGUUGAGUUUCAUGUACUGUCUUUAAAACAUCUAUGCUUUACAAAAUACAGAUGAACAUAGAGGUCUACAAAAUACUAAUCAUAUUCAGGAAGUUCACAAACUGAUGUAUAUACAUGUAGAAAUAACUAAUAAUAAUUAUCAUAUCGGCCGGAGCAGCACCUCAAAAUGGCAUUGCUAUUUAUAAUAGAAACUAAUUUGAUAACAUGCACAUAUCUUGUAUUCAUACAUGAUGAUUGCUACCAUUUUUAAUAAAAAUUAUAAUAUC